GACGAAUCACGCACUACUUCCUGCUUUACGCCAUGACGCACUUUUUGCCUCGUUGGAAGGUGAUUUCUACCAGUGACUGACAGCGGCGAGUGUGAAGAGGCUAUACAUCCAAGACGGCGGAAUCUAGAUACACUCACGCCAAAGAUGUCAAUCACAGAGGACCUAGCAGACAUGGACGGAGCGGAAUUGCUUGGGUUGCUGUUUGACAAUGGACAGGAUGGCUCGCCGGAGCAGCUCUUUCCUUACGGCAAUGGGCUCAUUGAAUCUUGGCUUUCGGAACAGGAUAUGCUUACAGGUGUGGACACUGAGGACUUUCUCUCCAGCUUGUUAAAGGACGAGGACAACAUGGAGACACUCUGUCCUUCCCAUUCUCCACUGGGCAGCGACAGCGGCAUCUCCGAUGACAGCAGCAGCGGUGGCCGUGUGGGAAACGCCACCCCGGUGGGUUGCCCGAGUCCCGAGGGCAGCGAUAUCGACAUUUCGCACAGUCCCAGCUGCUCCAAUUCCAGCACUGUGUGCUCUGAACCCACCCUGGUCGCUGGAGAGCUGCAAGGGGAGAACCCGGAGGCCAAGAGUGUGCAGGCAGAUCACAGCUACUCCUUGCUGCAGGGUGGAUGCAGGGACCUGGAUGUGCUGCAGAGUGUGAGGGCAGACAAGCCAGACAUGGAUGUCUUCAUUGAUCUGGAUGAUUUAGUGAGCGAUGCCAUGGAGGAUGACUUUACCGAAGACCUCACUUGUGAGCUGCCUUGUACGUUGGCCAUCGAGGACUCAAUGCUGGAUUCAAUGGCGCUCAACAAAACGGAACAGUUCCAGUUUAAAGAGAUCGUGCUCUCUGAGGAGGAGAAGCGUCUUUUGGCAAAAGAAGGAGCGACGAUUCCCACGCACAUGCCUCUCACAAAGGCCGAAGAGAGGACCCUAAAAAGGGUCAGGAGGAAGAUUCGCAACAAGCAGUCAGCUCAGGAGAGUCGGAAGAAGAAGAAGGUCUAUGUUGACGGCUUGGAAAACAGGGUCGCCGUGUGCACGGCGCACAAUGUGGAGCUGCAAAAGAAAGUCCAAAUGCUCCAGAAACAGAACAUCUCUUUGAUUGAGCAGCUGAGGAAAUUGCAGGCUGUGGUGAAGAUGUCCACUUUGAAAGCCAGCACAACCAGCACUUGUGUGAUGGUGUUCCUGCUUUCCUUCUGCCUCAUCGUCUUCCCAUCAGUCAACCCGUUUGGCAGCAACUCAGAAAAGAAGGAGCUCUACAUGCCCUCCUCCAUUAUUUCCCGUACGUUGCGCUCGCUGCCGUCAGAAAGCACGGACGCCGUCUCCUACCUGGAAGUCGAGGAUGAUGAGCCGGACCUCCACUUGCCUCAAGCCGAAGUAGAGAACCGUGACGCCAUCUUUGCAGGCGGUAAGAAGAACCACACCCCCGACUACCAACGAGUGGAGCAGCCCGACUCUGAAACGGCCGUCAGUGGCAACUCUUCGGCCGACUUCCCAGCCGCCUCGCCGCAGGCGGCGGAGGUGACGCCGGGGAUGGGUGGCGGUGCGGCGGGCUUACAGGAAGGGUCCGUGGAUGCUGUAAUGGUGGCCGCUGUGACGUAUGAGGUGCCGGGCUCCAAGGAGAACUGGAUUGACCGGAACCCUCCGUCUGUUAUAUUACAGCAGCACCGAUCUGAUGAGAUGUAGCUUGUUAGUUAGACCACCAGAGGGAGCCAUAUUCCAAAUCUUAUUGGUACCAGAGGAAAGCUACUAUUUGUAAAAACAGGAAGGGAAAUGCUAACAUGCUAACGUCUGAUGUACUACUGUUACUUCAUUUGCACUCUAAUGAUCUUUCAUUCAUAACUUUGACCUUCCUAAACAGUCGGCAUGUAUUCGUGAAACCUCGCAACAAAGAAAAAUAAUGACGGCAUUAUUUUUGAAUAAGUCGCCCCUAAAGCUGUUCACUCGUAAAUUAGUUGUAAUCACGCAUCGCUUGAUAGAAGAAUAGGCUGCUUGAUCGAUGUGAUUAUUGAUGCACCGUGAAGCCAUUGCAGGACAUUUGGCCAUGUAGACCACGCAGAUGAUUCGUUAAGUGUUCCUCUUGUAACAAGGGGUUCCAUCUGUUCUUUGUGUACAGUCACGUGUAAAGAAAUGUACCCUUUACCCUUUGACUUGAUUAAGAUAAGGACCGUUUUUAUGUGUGUAUAUGUCCCAAUUACCUUCUCAGCUUGGAUGCUGUUUGUUCUGGCUGCUCAAAAAUACGUGGUGCAGUAAACGAUACCGAAAAUGUAAUGACCUGUCCUGUCAGCGAGGCAUUUUUAGUAUAUCUUUUAAUGUUACUGUCAAUUGUAAAGACAUAUAAGUCUUAUUGCCACUGCUUUUUUAUUAGAAUCAGUUGAGAUUUUAAAUGGAAAAAGGCACUGAUUCGUGAGGAAUGGAAUGUAAAUAAACUCAGAUUGUAGCUUUUUCUGUACACUUCACCUCUUUAUGUAUAAGAUGUGUUGGGACAUCUAUUAUAAUAAAGUUUUUA